AUGUAUGAGCGAGAUCAUAUUCCGGCUCAGCAACGCUCCAAAGCAUUCGAAACGACCUGGGAGUGUGCACUGAAGCGGAUGCGUGCGCUUGUGCACAAAUUAUAUGAGCCUAGUGUCGCACGUCUUCGCGAGCGCUUGAGCGUGGGUAGGUCGUUGCUUGUGCCGGCAACGAUCCUGGAUCUAAGUGGUUCUGCCACGUAUGAGGCGCUUCCUGCAUGGCUUUCAGACGAGCUAGCACAAUCUGAGCGAAUAACGGUGCAUCUGAUGCCUGCCCAUUGUGCAAACCUAGCACAUGCACUCGCUGCGUUUGUGGCUCAGAUCAUACAAUACAUACCCAGUACGCCAGAGCUACUGCGCAUGUCGCAAGGGUACGAGCCAAAUGACCUUGCGCUGAUCCCAGCUCUUUUUAGCGCGGCUGAUCGCGCGCUGCCACAGAUUGUGCUUCUCGUGCACGAAGUCCAGACAUUUCCUGUGGCUGUGAUGAACGACGCACUUGCAGCAAUUCUCACAUGGUCAGAGCUCACAUGUCCAGCCCCAUCAUUGCAUAUCCUGCUGUCGUACACGGCACCAUUGCCAGCACUUCCGCGCGUGAAAAAAUUGAGUGACGUGAAUCAGUCUGGCCCAAGCUCGGCUGCAUCCACAACAGCCCACGUGUCCGCUGGCUCGGAGGCCGACAUCGCCACAGAGGCAUGGCAUACAUAUCUGCUGACAGAGCGGGUGCGAUCGUGCCUCGACGUAUCGACGGUGUCUUUCCCCGACAAGUCCACGUUUUGGGAGGAUGUGUUGUGCGUAUUUUUUGCUGAGCCGGUCAGCGGGCUUUGGCUCGGCCGCAGCUUGUUUGAGCUUGUGCGUCGCCGUUUCUGGCACACAUCGCCAAGUUGGGAUGCCGCAGCACAGUGCAUCCGCCUGAGCUACGUGGAACAUUUCCGAGCUCGGCCGCUCUCAGCUUUUGUACACGAAUUUCCUGACAUUGAUGCACUGCAUCAGCACUGGACAGCAGAAAUGCUUGCGCACAUGCGCGUGACACUCUUUUCAUCCUACAUGCACACACAGCGCAUGUCUUCGCGCAUGCGCAUGCUGGCCCAUGACGAUCGAGCACUUGUCAGUGCGCUCUCAGGCUUGCAGAGUGAUAUGGUCGUGUGCAUGACGCAUCGUGCUGUGGCACUUGCCACAGUACGUGAAAUGCUCCGCUUGCUGCACAUGACCGGUGUAUACGGCACGAAACUUGGCCUGAGCGCAUGCACUGCUCUUGCAUUGGAAUGGCUGCCUCCCUAUACCGACUGGGAUGCCAGUCGCACGGCUGUGAAUGCACUGACAGCCACGACACCCACUUCCCAGCAGGUUCAAGCUCUGCUGAAUCAUCUCUGUUCCACACUGAAUCAGGCUCAAGUCACGCAGCUCGUCGAUGGCCUGCGCCAGCGCCUGAAUGAUAUUGCUGCGUCACUCGAUGUCGGCGCUGCAGCUGUCGUGCGUAUGAUUUGCUCGGACCUAGAAUUGGCCCAUCAGCAACAACGGCCUUUGAAACGUGUGCGCUCAGAGCUCGGCGCCAUCGCCAUGACGAUGGCUGCAGAGACGGACGCGUCGGACGCGUCGGACGCUGGCAGAGCGGUGCUAGCGGAAUGGGUGACGUCCACGUGGCAAAAGGCGACAGAGGCGCCAUCGGACUUGGGGCUUGCGAUUUGGACAUAUGACUUUGCAGAGCCUGUGUCGUGUGCGUUGGACGGCGCGGCGCGCGCUACCGUAUUGCUUGCACUUGAUGCACCAACGGAUAUGCUUGCAUCCAUGACAGCUGCAGCAUGUACAGCGUCUGGGCAGCGCGAACAGAGUGAGCAAGCUCCAUGGCUGGAGCUCGAUGACCACAUAUCGGAAGUUGACGAGUUGCGGCGCGUUCACCGCGACUUGAACUGUGCCAGUAUACCCGAUGUGUGUCGUCUAUAUGCACUGUACAAAGAUACAAGCAAGUUUAUCAACUUGGCCGACUGGUACGACGCGUUUGCACAGUCCCUCGAAGGCGACGAACGACGAAGAGAGCAACAGAGACGUCAGCGCGACGGGCAGGAGGCGCCGCCUUGCACGGAUGCGAGUGAUUCAGUUGUGACGUCGCCGCAGAUGCGCUUCUCCCUCGCAGUGAAUGAGCUUGCAUACAUGGGGCUGCUAGGUCCGUCGAGCCGCAAAGUCGAGCAUUUGAGCCGCCUUGUAUGGGACUUGCCAGUCAAUGGCAUGGACGAGAUGUGA